AUGCGCUCCGCAGGCUAUAUCGCGAUCUUAGGUGCCGCCGCCGCCAUAGCCGUUCCCCACAAUAGCAACUUCUGGAAUGACAACAAGCGUUACGAAAUAGUUACGAAGUUCGAAUACGUCACACACUAUCUGACCGGUGGUGGAAAUGAUGCUCCCGAGACUAGCUGCAUUUCUCAGCCUCAGGAAUCCAAUUUUGAGAAGCAGCCUGACGUUUCAGGAGAACACAUUACCACUGCCAUCUACACCACAAACGUCCAGCCCGUCAAGAGGCCAAAGCAUGCCCCCAACCAAGAUUCUGUUUCCGACUUUGGUCCCAGCGACGGUCUCUCUGCCGAUCAGCAAGAGGCCGUUAACCUCCACAACGAGGCUCGUAAAGCCGUGGGCAACAGCCCUCUUUCUUGGGAUGACUCACUCGCCGUGGGCGCCCAGGAGUGGGCCGAUCAUCUCGCUUCCAUAGGCUUUCUCCAGCAUUCGAAAGGUGACCACGGUGAGAAUCUCUACAUGGGUACUACUGUUAGUCCUUACUCCGUCUCCACCAAGGCCUUCCUAGCCGAGAAAAGCCAAUACAAUGGUGAGGCCAUAUCAGGCUCCAACUACCUGAAUUUUGGACAUUACACCCAGUGCGUCUGGAAGGACACCACUAAAAUCGGCAUGGCUGUCUCCAAGGACAGCAGAGGCGUCUCCUGGGUCGUCUCCCACUACCAAAGGCCUGGUAACAUGCAAGUCCCCUAG